AUGUCACAGUGGAUAACGCCAGGUAGUUUCCAGCAACAGCCACCUUAUUCAUCUUUUCCAGCUCCACCUAUUGAUGAUUUAUCUUUGGCUUUCGAUAAUCUUGCAAUGGCAUUAAGAGCCACUGCUGGACCACCAGAGAUAGAUAAUUUUCAAAUAUCACUCGGAAUGUUGAUGCAUGAUUGUUCACAGUCCAAUAUACAACGUGGUAAAACAUGGAUAUUUGAUCAUUGUACAACACCAGCACAUUUUGACACCUUAAUAUGUUUUAUUAUUGCGCUUUCUAAAUCUCGACCGAUAUUUGAGGAUAGACUUCACUUAAUAUACCUUAUAAACGAUGUACUUUUUCAUAGUGAACGUAGACAGGAACCUUGGAUUAAGGAAGCAUUACAUCCACAUUUACUCGCGCUAUUGCGAGUUGCUUUUCAUUUUAUGGAUGCAAACGAGAAGCAGAAAGAGAAAGUUGUUAAAAUUAUAUCUAUUUGGGACGACAAACAAUACUUUGACGAUAAUAAAAUCAAUGCUUUAAGGACCGGUAUUAUAAUUCCACCACCCCCAUCUAGUGGUAUUUCAUCAUUAUCAUAUUCAAAUCCUGGUCAACAUUCAAUUGGACACUUGCGUUAUCAGGGUCAACAACCUUAUUAUAAUUCAGGUGUCCCGCCCCCACCCCCACCCCCAACUGGAAUAUUUCCUGCCCCGCAGCCAACUGCUCAAUCCAUUUCUCCUCCAGUUGCUCAUUUAUCUCCACCAAUCGCACAAAGUCUUAUCCGACCUGCUUCUGAACCUGUACCGGCCGUUAUUCCAGAACAGUUUCCACCAGGCCCAUCUCCUCCAAGCAUGCCGAUGCAAGGAAUAAUCAGGUCUUCAAUUCCUACGACCCCGAUACCGUCUGUCUCGGAAAAAAAAUAUUAUGAAUUACCAGCUGGACUAAUGGUUCCAGCGGUCUUGCCUGAGGAUUCUCCUUAUACACCCAUUCAUGCGGCUUCAAUUAGGUUACCACCUCACCGUUUACCCCCUACCACGGAAUUGUUAGAGGCUGUUGACAGAUUCUAUGAAGGAAUGUUUAUAAUAGAAUCUAAUCUAGAAGGGGAGGAUGAACGUGCAUUAAAAGAAAAAUAUCAAAUUGACCUAGAUAAGGAUGGUUGGGAAAUUGGAUUUUUAGACGAUUUUUAUAUGGAUCUGCAAGAGCAACGAGAGGAAGCAUUGGCGAGAGCAUCGUCCGAUAGACAUCACCAACAACAACAACAUGUAUCUUCAUUCAGAAAUAGACGGGAUGAUCGUGGAAUCGAAGUCGCAGUCGUUCAAGUCGUUCAAGAGGUCGCAGGAGGCAUAGACAUAGAGUGGAUAGCAGGAGUCUUAGUCGUAGCCGUUCGAGGUAUAGAAGCCAUAGUCGGUCAAGACAUAGCUGGAAGAGGUCUCGUUCAAGAACUCGCUCACUUACUAGGUCCAGGUCAAGAACUAGAACAAGGACAAGAUCAAGGACUCGAUCAAAAACUAGGACUAGAACUAUAUAGUUCGAGGUCAAGAAGUCGAUCAAGAUCAAGAUCAUAUGAUCGAAGUUAUAAUAGUCAUGACAGACGUAAAUCAAGUGAUUAUAGUUCAUCAUCCCGUAGACGUUAUCGAAGUAGAUCUUAUAAUCAAGAAGUUGCUAGAGCAGAUAAAAUGAUAUCUGACCGUAAUGUCGGGUUUCAAAUGUUAAAGAAAUUAGGUUGGGAAGGAGCUGGUACGGGAUUAGGUUCAACCUCAACAGGCAUUGCGGAACCCAUAAAGGGAGGAGAACUUAGGUUUGGUGAACAAAAGUAUUUGGGGGUUGGUCAUAGUCGCGGGGAAGAUGGAGACAUCUUUGAUCAAUAUCGUAAAUCAAAAAGUUAUACUUAUCAACGAAGUGAAAUUUGUUCAAAAGAUAAAAAACCGGCUGGAUGCUUUAGAUGUGGAAAGCACGGUCAUCUGGCUCGCGAUUGUUCUGAAUAA